CAAGUACAUAUAUUUCCUUUUCCUCAUUUUACAGAAACUCUCCUCCGUCUAGGGUUUUUGCGGCUUCCUCUGUUCUGUUCGGCAGCACUUGAGCAGCUUCCCCAAUCUGAAGCCUUAGCAAUGUCGCUGGUAGCGAAUGAAGAGUUCCAGCACAUUCUCCGUGUGCAGAACACCAACGUCGAUGGGAAGCAGAAGAUCAUGUUUGCCUUGACCUCCAUUAAGGGUAUCGGCCGCCGUUUCUCCAACAUCGCUUGCAAGAAAGCCGACGUCGACAUGAACAAGAGGGCUGGUGAGCUUUCGAUGCAAGAGCUGGAUAACCUGAUGACCAUUGUUGCUAAUCCUCGUCAAUUCAAGAUUCCAGACUGGUUUCUAAACAGGAAGAAGGAUUACAAGGAUGGCAAGUUUUCUCAGGUUACAUCUAACGCAUUGGACAUGAAACUCAGGGAUGACUUGGAGAGACUUAAAAAGAUCAGAAACCAUCGUGGUCUCCGUCACUACUGGGGUCUUAGGGUUCGUGGGCAGCAUACCAAGACCACUGGCCGCAGGGGGAAGACUGUUGGUGUCUCCAAGAAGCGAUAAAAUCUGGUUCUGACGGGUAGCUUUGUAUUGUUCUUGCGUCUAGUUUUGUUUGGUUAUAGACUUGUGCCUGCUAUUACGGCUGAGUUUAGAUGGUUUCUUCGUACUAUUUUUUUAACGGCAAUUGGGCGACAGUUUAUCAAUAUUCUUUUUUCUAAAUCGUGAUGGCUUCUCAUUGAUGUCCUAUUGUUCUAGGUUGCCAUGGAUUUCCUUUGGUCUUCAAAAACUCGAGUUGUUGAAGUUGUAUUGUGAUUUUAGCACUGUGGGCAUUAUGAAUUUGAGUUCAUAUUGGGCAUUUAUGAAUCA